AUGGAAGAACAACUUAGUUCAUUGGCUAUCACUCAUCUUCUUCAACAUACCCUCAGAAGCUUGUGCAUUCAUGAAAACUCUCAAUGGGUUUAUGCUGUCUUCUGGAGGAUCUUGCCAAGAAAUUAUCCACCACCAAAGUGGGAUUGUCAGGCAGGAGUAUAUGAUAGGUCAAGAGGAAACAGAAGAAACUGGAUAUUGGUGUGGGAAGAUGGUUUCUGCAAUUUUGCAGCCUCAACAGCAGCUGAGAUCAGCACAGGAGAAUGCCCAAGUUCAUCUGUGUAUGGGAACUGCGAGUACCAACACUAUCAAGGACUUCAACCUGAACUUUUCUUCAAGAUGUCCCAUGAAAUCUACAACUAUGGUGAAGGUUUGAUUGGAAAAGUAGCUGCUGAUCAUAGCCACAAGUGGAUCCAUAAAGAACCAAAUGAUCAAGAAAUCAACUUCUUGUCAGCAUGGCACAACUCAGCUGAUUCACAUCCUAGAACAUGGGAAGCUCAAUUCCAGUCUGGUAUUAAGACUAUAGCUUUGAUUGCUGUUCGAGAAGGUGUCAUUCAAUUAGGAGCUGUCCAUAAGGUGGUUGAGGACCUGAGCUACGUUGUACUACUGAGGAAGAAGUUCAGUUACAUUGAAAGCAUACCAGGAGUACUUUUACCACAUCCAUCAUCACUUGCAGCAGCAGCCUAUCCUUCCUUUAAAGUUGAUGGCUAUGGAGGAUCAGUAGCAGCAAUUUCAGAUGGAUCAUGGCAUUUCCAUGGAGUGCCACCUCAUCCAUCAGAGCUAAUCUACCAUCAUCAUCAUCAUGAUCAUCACCAUUUCCACCAGCCAGCCAUGAAAAUAACUCCAUCAAUGAGCAGCCUUGAAGCCCUUCUCUCCAAACUGCCUUCUGUGGUUCCUUCUUCAGCUGCAGCAGCUUCAUCACCUCCACAACAACAACAACAACAACCAAUAAUGUUUGGGUAUGGGACUGAUAAGGCUCCAACAUUGCAAUACAGUAACAAACGAAUGGAGUUAAUGGCAAUUGAGAAAAUGGCUAAAGAAGAAGAAUUUGAGGAGGAUGAUAAUGAAGAUAAUAAGCAGCAGCAAGAAGAAGAAGAAGAUGAGAAAGAUGUUGGUGAGAGUAGCAGCUCAAUGUCUUCUUACCAUCAUCAUCACCAGCAUUUUGCUUAUGUGAGUGAAGGAAUGCAUCAAAGUAAUGGGUAUUGA